AGGGCUAGGGGCAGCAGUUACAGAGACUUUGAUCUGUCUCAAUCUCAGCCAACACACACACACACACAGAACCAGCGGGGGACAAUGGGACAAGCAGGGAAGGGUGCAGAGGGACGGUACGCCAGCCUGGGACAUGUGUCCUUCACUGUUCUACUGACUCUCUCUGUGUCUGUUCCCACCACCAUACUGAUGGUGCUGGUAUUCAGGUGUGGCACUCAGGGUCUCUUCAGCUCUUCACAGUUGGCUCAGCCCUCAGGGAGCGCUGUUGUAACAGGGGAGUCGUGGGGUCCGAGCCAAACCAGCAAGCCUGCCGCCCACCUGACCGGGAUCGAGCAGGAGAUGUCGGUGGGCGUUCCUCACUCGGAGACGGAGGGGACCCUGAGCUGGGAGCCGGCGAGGGGCCCAGCAUUCACCCGGGACUCGGUGAGGUACAGGGGCCGCUCCCUGGUCAUCCCGCGUGCCGGCCUGUACUACAUCUACUGCCAGGUGGGUUUCAGGGGCAGCGGGUGCGAGGAGGGGGAGAAGCCCCUCGCCCUCUCCCACAGAGUCUACGGCCGGCACGACUCGUACCCCCAGCCCAUCCUGCUGCUGACUGGCCAGGAGACCGUUUGCGGAGCGCGCAGGGGCCGGGGCCUCUGGUACACCACCCUCGGCCAAGGGGCGACGGUGGAACUGGACAAAGACCACCAUCUCUACGUCAACGUCAGCGACCCAAACCUGGUGGACUACCAGGAGGGCAAGACCUUCUUUGGGGUCAUCAUGGUCUGAUGUGGGGGUGGAGCGGACUGGGGCAAACUGUGCAGAAAUAGUCAAAGACUUAUCACAAAACUCAGCGGGCCAGGCAGCAUUUCUGGGCAGGUGGGAACGGGUGACACAGAAUCAUAGACAAUAGGUGCAGGAAUGGGCCAUUCAGCCCUUCGAGCCAGCAUCGCCAUUCAUUGUGAUCAUGGCUGAUCGUCCCCAAUCAAUAACCCGUGCCUGCCUUCUCCCCAUAUCCCUUGAUUCCACUCGCCCCUAGAGCUCUACCUAACUCUCUCUCAAAUCCAUCCAGUGACUUGGCCUCCACUGCCCUCUGUGGCAGGGAAUUCCAUAAAUUCACAACUCUCUGGGUGAAAACGUUUUUUCUCACCUCAGUCUUAAAUCUCCUCCCCUUUAUUCUAAGACUGUGGCCCCUGGUUCUGGACUCGUCCAACAUUGGGAACAUUCUUCCUGCAUCCAGCUUGUCCAAUCCUUUUAUAAUUUUAUAUGUUUCUAUAAGAUACCCCCUCAUUCUUCUAAACUCCAGUGAAUACAAGCCCAGUAUUUUCAAUCUUUCCUCAUAUGAUAGUCCCGCCAUCCCAGGGAUCAAUCUGGUGAACCUACGCUGCACUGCCUCAAUUACAAGGAUGUCCUUCCUCAAAUUAGGAGACCAAAACUGUACACAAUACUCCAGAUGUGGUCUCACCAGAGCCCUGUACAACUGCAGAAGAACCUCUUUACUCCUAUACUGAAAUCCUCUUGUUAUGAAGGCCAACAUUCCAAUAGUGUCGUUUUAGGAGUCAAGACCCUUCUUUAGACUCUGACCUGAAACGUCAUUCAUUGACUCCUUCCCCCCAGAGAUGCUGCCUGUCCCACUGAUCCAUGCAUGACAGCAUUGUGAUAACAACUGCUAGAGGGACUGGGGUGAGUUGGCUGAAACACAAUGAAUGGGAAGGUACCUAUAUAACCAUAUAACCAUAUAACAAUUACAGCACGGAAACAGGCCAUCUCGGCCCUACAAGUCCGUGCCGAACAACUUUUUCCCCUUAGUCCCACCUGCCUGCACUCAUACCAUAACCCUCCAUUCCCUUCUCAUCCGUAUGCCUAUCCAAUUUAUUUUUAAAUGAUACCAACGAACCUGCCGCCACAACUUCCACUGGAAGCUCAUUCCACACAGCUACCACUCUCUGAGUAAAGAAGUUCCCCCUCAUGUUACCCCUAAACUUCUGUCCCUUAAUUCUGAAGUCAUGUCCUCUUGUUUGAAUCUUCCCUAUUCUCAAAGGGAAAAGCUUGUCCAUAUCAACUCUGUCUAUCCCUCUCAUCAUUUUAAAGACCUCUAUCAAGUCCCCCCUUAACCUCCUGCGCUCCAGAGAAUAAAGACCUAACUUAUUCAACCUAUCUCUGUAACUUAGUUGUUGAAAGCCAGGCAACAUUCUAGUAAAUCUCCUCUGUACUCUCUCUAUUUUGUUGACAUCCUUCCUAUAAUUAGGCGACCAAAAUUGUACACUAUACUCCAGAUUUGGUCUCACCAAUGCCUUGUACAAUUUGAACCUAAGCCAGACGACUCUGCCUGCUGCUCCAAGCAGGGGAUCUGUAAUAGACAAUAGGUGCAGGAGUAGGCCAUUCGGCCCUUCGAGCCAGCACCGCCAUUCAAUGUGAUCAUGGCUGAUCAUCCCCAAUCAGUACCCCGUUCCUGCCUUCUCCCCAUAUCCCUUGACUCCGCUAUCUUUAAGAGCUCUAUCUAAAGGGUCUGUUCCACCAGCGUCCUAUCAGUGUCACCAAAAGAUUUUGAACAUUUCAAACUCCAGCAGUGACUAACAAAAAUGUUGCGACACUUGAAAAAAAAAACGCGCGCCAUUACGUCAUCAGGCUGCAUCAUGCCGCAAAUAUUUUUCGGUGACCUGAUACAUCAGUCAAUGAUGCCGGCAAUCACCGGAAAAACAUCACCGAGUAUACAGGCCCUUAACUCUCUCUUGAAAGCAUCCGGAAAUUCAAGAUGAGGCUGAGGAUUCCACAGACUCACAACUCUGUGCGAAAAAGUUUUUCCUCGUCUCCGUUCUAAAUGGCCGACCCCUUAUUCUUAAACUGUGUGUGUGGCCCCUGGUUCUGGACUCCCCCAACAUCGGGAAUAUGUUUCCUGCCUCCAGUGCGUCCAAACCCUUAAUAAUCUUAUAUGUUUCAAUAAGAACGCCUCUCGUCCUUCUAAACUCCAGAGUGUACAAGCCCAGCCGCUCCAUUCUCUCAGCAUAUGAUAGUCCCGCCAUCCCGGGAAUUAACCUGGUGAACUCUACGCUGCACUCCCUCAAUAGCAAGAAUGUCCUUCCUCAAAUUAGGGGACAAUAAUGUCUAUC